UAUAGGCGGAUGACGGGACGAGGAAGACGAGAGCUCAGACCGUUGUCCAAAAAGAAAAAGAAAAAGAGAGAGAGAGAGAGAGAGAGAGAGCUCAGAUCGGAGAAGAUGGAAGGAGCCAAGGCAGCGGCGGGGCCGGCGGCAGGUGGGCAGCUGGAAUCGGCGCUCCUCCACAUCAUGCAGCAACACCACCACCAAUCCCUCCGCCAGCGCCAACAAACCGAGAGGGCGAAGAAGGACGCCCUGCGGAGCGCGGCGCGGCUCGCCGGUCAUCUCGUGGAGGCCGUCGACGGCGGGGUGCAGGAGCUCUUCGUCAACGAGAAGCGCAUCGAGCUCGAGGCCCGCGCGCUGCUCGGGACCAUCGCGCGGUACAGGAAGCAGAGCGACCAGUGGCUCGCCGCCACCAACGCGGUCAACUCGAUCCUCAAGGAAAUCGGAGACUUUGAAAACUGGAUGAAGAUCAUGGAUUUUGACUGUAAAAGUAUAAAUGCAGCCAUUCGUAACAUUCAUCGGUCAUGAUUUUGUCCAGCGCCUGCAACUAUGAUGCUAUGGAGAUCAUAGGUUGUGACUGUAAAGGUAUCAAUGUAGCCAUCUACUUCCUCCGUUCCUAAAUAUUUGUCUUUUUAGAGAUUUCAAAUGGACUACCACAUACGGAUGUAUAUAGACAUACUUUAGAGUGUAGAUUCACUCAUUUUGCUCUGUAUGUAGUCACUUGUUGAAAUCUCUAGAAAGACAAAUAUUUAGGAACGGAGGGAGUAUAAUAUUUCUCAGUCACUAUGAUGCUACAAAGUGUUCGCUUUGUUCUCUUCUCCGUUGGAUUUUUUUUCCAGUCAUGAUCUCUCUGGUAUAGAAUCAAUUAACUGGUGUGUUUGUACACAUUCAGAAAGCCAACUCUUACCAACUUUUGUACUGGAAUGCUACCUUGCAUUCUCGAGUUCUGGAAUAUUGAUGAUAUACAUAUAUUCUGAAAGAUA